AUGCCACAGAAGCCAGCAGCAACUUUUACGUGCGUCAUCAACCUUGACGAACACGAUGAUAAAGAGAUCAAACGAGCUGUUCUUCCACGAACGGCCGAAAGGUAUGAGCGGAGUGUGGAGGUUUUUGACCAAUUCCUUGAACUGCACCCCGCUGCCCGCUCUCCCCCGGACAUCAAAACCUACAAAGGAUUUUUGGAAUUUUACGCAAGAAACACAAAGGGUCGAAUCGAGGAAAGGCCUACGACGGAGACCGUGGAGAAUUUCCGCCGGGACUUCGAAACAGCUCUUGCUCAGCUGAGGGGCUUCUGUGUCCCAAAGAAUAUGUCUAAUACCUUGAAGGAGUACAUCAUAUCGGAUUUAAAGACCAAACUCAGUCUUCCAGACGUCGAGAUGUCCAGAGAUGGACUCUCUCCAAAUGAUUUGACCAUCCUCCUAACAUAG